AUGGAACACCCCAACUCGAACCGCCUUGAGAUUCAUGAACCCGAGGAGCCCGCACCGCUACGAAUUAUCAAGCGUAGCCAGACCGUCGCCGGUCGCCCUUCGAGCUCCGGAUUUGGAGGCGCAGACGAGUGGGGAGUUUUUGAAUCCACGUUCGUCAAUGAAGACGAAGGAAGUCCACCAACAGCAGCGGGCAGACCUUUAGGGCCUUUAACUAUACACAAAAUAAGGAGAGGCAGGGGUAAGGGCAGGGGCAGCAUUCUGGGCGACAGCUUGUCUAUAAAAGUUGUGGACGUUGAAAAGCAGGUUUGCCUUGAAUUUCCAAAGGACGAUUUUGACCUUACGCCUAAAGCUACUCAUCAGCCAGAACGUGCCGUAAGUGCGGGUAAAUUUUUGAGGACUGAGUUGCAUCGUGGCAGUUCUGAAAACGACGUAAAUAGGCAUCCCAUUCAGCAGCCUUUGGAUGGAUCCCCUGAGAUACCUAAGAGAAAGCAUUCCAAAUCCAAAUACUCUCUUUUAAGGGCAUUCGGUGGUAAGCGUAGCGACGAUUUGAAUUGUAAAGCUCUCAGUCGAAGCGAUUCUUCAGCCUCAACUAGGACAAUGAAAUCCCAGAAUACCCUUCUUCGCAGGCUUUCCCACAGGAAGUCUACAGCAUCCACAAUCCAAUCAAUCGCUUCCUCAGUACCUUCAAGUCUUGGGACUGUGGAGCUCUCUCAUCCUUUUGAUACAAAUCGUCAAGAGAUCAUUGAUUCUACGGUCAGUUCAAGGGAAUGUUCAUACUACGAUGGAACGGUUAUAAUCUCGAGCCCUCCAACGCCCACAAUCGGCUCAAGUAGAGACGAUAAUCUGGUCCUAUGCCCACAAAUUUCCGUCACUCCAGAGAGCGCUAGUGUAAAUGCAGGUGUUUGCACACUAUGGGCUGCGGUCGAAAUUACAGGCGUACUUCGAAGAGCUGACGGUACAUCGACUUUAGAUGAUGCGGGUCGUACUUAUAGCACACAAAACCUUACUCCACGUUGCUUAGACCUUAGAAGUUAUGGCAGUCUCCAUAAUAUUGCUGUUGAAUUUCAACCAGGACCAGAUUGCAUUAUAGUCGACCAGCCAGAGGAUACCUUUCAAGCGAAGACCAUUCGGGUGAGUGAGACUCAUCUUAUGUUGGUCAAGAUUCGAUUGAACGAAGUCAAGGUUUCAGUUUCGCAUGCGAAGGAAAAGUCAUCGGAUGAACUGAUCGAAAAUCUAAAUGAGAUUCUGGGAGACAUCAGCACUCAGUAUCUAACUGUAAAACUUAACUAUCGCCACUCGGCUUUCUUGAAUUUGAGACAGCAGGCUGCCGAAGGAGAGUUCAGGCUUUUACCGCAGCACACACUGUUGGAGACGAAAGCUACAGCAUCAAUUAAGCGCCAUAAUCCAGCAUCUGCUUGGUCACCAAGAAACUCUGGUGCUAUGAAUUCCGCGGUAGGAGGCUCUGCGCUUACUAAGAUUAUCGAGAAGCACUUUUCGGCCGAGAAGUCUAGGGAAGCACUUCAGAAACUUGCGGAUGAUAGAACAAUAAUUCCAUAUCCCCGUAGAACCUAUGGACACUCUUCGGAUAAAGAAAAUCGGAAAUCUACAGCCAGCCCAUUAUCGUACAUAGAUCCGAGUAAUAAUUUACUUUCCCAUUCAUUUUCUAUGACAGCCAUUUCAAAUUUUAACGCUCGGGGUAGCCCUGUUUCAAAACGACUGAUUUCACCUUAUGAUCAUCCAUUGGACAUGGUGGAUGGUGAAAUGGAUCCGGCUCGGAAGAUUUGGUCACAAAUGCGAAGAACCUCACGACCCGCCCGUAAACACCCUCGAGCUAGCAUCAGCGAUGGAAAUUACUUCAGUGCAGAUCAAGACGCGCUAUUUGAUUGUACUCCACGAUAUGGAGGCAGCUUAAGAAGUCCAAAUACCUCGCUUUUUGAACCGCCUGAUACUCAUUUUGAUACGUCGCAUGAAGUAACACCAAAAGCGAAGCAAAGUCGAGCCUCAAGAGUCAAAAGUACUAGUACGACAAUAGAUGAUAAUAGAAAUCACCUUAUGGAGGUAGCGUUGAGAAACAAGAGGAGUGUGGGUCAAGAAACCUUGAGAAGCAUGGUGCCUAGCACACAUAGUGGCAAAGGCUUUGGCAUUGGACGGCAGGGUGGUGUUAUGGGGGCGGUGGCGGGAGUAGGGCUAGCAGGUAGGAAUUGGGGGCAGUGGUUACCUUGGGGAGGAGGUGAGUAA